UUAGCGGCUGUUAGCGCUUAAAAGCGUGCCCACACACACUGGGUUGUGCUCAGUCGAAUUUUGUUCUCGGACCAUUACCAUUUCACAUUCCGCCCUCAACAUUCAACAUGGAAGGCCAUCGCGUGGCAGUCGUCGCAUUUGCUGUUAUUCUCGCCGGAUUGUGCGUGCUGUCCGGACUUAACGCGGCGCCCGUGGAAUGCAAUAAUGGCAGUGGCACUCAGGUCUCCGAAAACGGUCUUCAGUCGCAGACGCAAACCGGACCCGGCUGCCAGUCGCAGACCUCCGAGGACGGAUCCCAGAGCCAAAGCCAGAGCCAGUCGGGCAAUGGCCACCAGUCGCAGUCGCAAUGCAGCGGCACGUCCUGCGGUCAGUUCAGCCCCCUUCCGCCCCUCUUCACCAUGGCGCCCAUGGAGCCCAUGGAGCCCAUGGAGCCCAUGGAGCCCAUGAAACCCCUCACCUGGCAGCCCUGGGGCACUUUCGGCUAAGUUCUUAAAGCUAUCAAUAUACCUAUCGUAUUUUGCAGAUUGCUA